CGACGAGGUGGAGCAGGAUGUCGGGAACGGCAGCCAAGUACCAGAAGCUCCAACACCACAUCGAGAACCACGCGUACAAGGCUGCGCUCUCUGUGUGCAAGCAGCUGUUUGAGGCCGACCCGUGCAAGGAGACGCGAUGGGCGUACAUCUCGCUGCUGCUCCUGGAGCGGCAGGCAGAUAAGGCUGCGGACCUGUUCACACCGGAGCUCUCGAAGGAGCUUGCGUUUGAGCAUGCGUACUGCCUGUACCGGCAGUCUGCGUUUGAGGAGGCACGCGAGCUGCUCUCGUCGCUGGAGGCGUCCGAGGGUGAGGCUAUUCCGUUCAAGGAGCUCCGUGCGCAGGUGCUGUACAAACUGGAGGAGUACGACGAGGCGCUGAUGCUGUACCGGUCGCUGCUGCUUGAUCCCAACUACGGAGCGGUGCCGAUUGAGCUCAAGGCCAACUACGCGGCGUCGACUGUGGGCUCGAGCAUGGAUCUGCAGCUGAGCAAGAAGGAGGCGCGCGAAGGGUUUGAGCUGCUCUACAACGAAGCGACACGUGCGAUUGCGGCGGGCGACCUUGCGGGCGCAGAGGCCGGUCUGCACGAGGCGAUUUCCGUGGCGACCGAGGUGCUUGCAGGGGAUGGGUUUACCGAGGACGAGAUCGAGGAAGAGGUUGCAGUCAUCCGUGCACAGCUGGGUUACGUGUACCAGCUGAGCGGGCGGAGCGAGGAGGCGGCGUCGGUGUACGCGCAGCUAGUGGAGGCGUCGCUGAACGACGACACGGUACUCGCGGUGGCAAACAACAACAUCACGUGCCUGCGGCAGACGGCUGACCUGUUUGACUCGAUGAAGAAGUCGUCCAAGGCGUCGGCCGAGGUGCUGCGGCGGCGGCUGACCAAGGCGCAGCAGCAGGCAAUUGCGCUCAACCGGGCGCUGCUGUUUAUGUACAUGGGCAAGUUUGAGCAGUGCCGGGCGCUCAUCGACGAGAUGCGCAAGGGCGAGCCGACGCUUGUGACGCCGCUCUUUAUCCUUGCGACGCUGUAUGCGCGCGAAAACAAGAUGAGCAAGGUCGAGGCGACGCUGGCGGCAGCGCGCGAUGUCGACGAGACCGCGAGCCUCCUGGUGGCGGCGCAGAACGCGUACAACAACAAGAAGUGGGACGAGGUGCUUGAGAUGCUUGCCGCCGAGGGACUUGACGAGAUUCGGUACACACCCGCGUUUGUCGGCACGCACGCGGCGCUGUUGGAGGCAGUCGGCGAUGCCGCCGGCGCGCUCGAGGUCAUCGAGACCGCGGUCGAGGCCAAUGGUGAUUGCCCCGAGCUCCUUGAGGGCGCCGCCGAGUUUCUGCUCGGGCGCGGGAAGGCCGCGCAGGCCACGGUUCUGCUCUCCAAGCUCCUGGAUCUUGCGCCGAACUCGCAGCUCCUCCGGGCCAAGCUUGUCAAGGCUCUCGCCUUUGCCGACCCCGACAAGGCCGAGCUCGCCGCCACCGCCCUCCCGCAGCCGACACCGGCUGCAGGCAAUGCCGACGCGCUCAUCGCCUCUGUCCUCGGCGCCCCGAAGCGGACGAGCGGAGCUCGCAAGGGCAAGCAGUCGGAGGCUGGCGCAGCGACGUCGGGCGACGCCGCCGACUCGUCGGCUGCCGCCGGCGCUGCCAGCGCAUCGACUGCCCGCCCGGCCAAGCUCGUUCGCAAGCGCAAGAAGAAGAAGAACCCGCCGGCAAAGAACUUUGACCCAUCGCGCGCGCCCAACCCGCACCGGUGGACCCCCAUGCGCGACCGGCCCAACUUCCGCAACUCGCGCUCGCGUGGGCGCCGCAACCGCGGCGGCCGCAACAUCAACACCUCGACCCAGGGCGCUGCUGCCUCCGACGACACGUACAACGGCGGAAACGGCGGUGGUAAGCUGAAAAACAACAAGAAGCGGAACAAGAAGAACAAGAAGAAGCGGAGGUGAAGUAAAGCCAACCAAGUGGUCGGAUCGAGAGCCUUGGAUCGGAAUCAACCUCCAGACCUGACCGCCUGACGCGAGGGCGAGCAGACACGUCUUCCUUAC